UAUCAAAACCAAGACCAAGACCAAGACAUAUCCAAAGUCUUAUAGAAACCACACAGAAGUUCUGCUAUCGGCUAUCGGAUACGAUAUCUCCGUAUCUUAUCAGCCGAAACAUUGGCUGAAACAUUAAACCAAACAAAAAAUCACCGUUAAUGUGAGGGCAGGGGCGGGGGAGGAGUAGGUAGGGCAGUUUGUAAUUGAUAGUUAAUUAGCGGCGGACACUCGAGGCUUCCGGAGAUAAGGGCCCCCCACACUCGAGAAGGCAACUGUCGGCCAUCCGACACCUCCGCAGUGGCCAGCGGUCAGUGCGCCAGUCAGCAAUCGGCAGUCAAUCGAAAUGCCUCCACCAGGACGAGGCUAUGGCGGCUACGGACCCCCACGACCCGGACCCGGACCCGGCUUUGGCCCGGGUCCACCCCGCGGCGGUGGCGGAGUGAAUGUGGGCAUCAACAUCGGCGGACCGCCGCGUCCGCCACCCAUCGGAGUGGGCAUUGGAUUCUGUCCCCCGCCGGUGGUCAUCGGAGCACCGCCGCCACCUGCUGUGAUCAUCGGAGCGCCACCGCCGCCCGUGUACAUGCCACCGCCCCGACAGACCGUCGUGGUGGGCGCCCAGCCAGCGGUCUAUGCCCAACCCACCGGGGAGGUGGUAUGCUGCACGAUUCUCUGAUUGCGAAAGGAAAAAGUGCAAAGUGGAAAGUGGAAAGUGGACAGUGCCAAAUGUGCCCGAGCCUCCGAGUGUUCCCCCCUACAAUAUCUCUUCUUACUAUAUAUACAUAUAUAUAGAUCCUAUCUUAUGUGUUUUUAAAUUCGAAAAUUAAUGUAA